CAGAAUCAAACCCAAGACUCAUUGGUCCACCGGCGGACGCUCUACCGCGGAGCCAAACCGGCCAGGGCACAAGCCUUUUCUGGAUUUCUUGGUCCUCAAUACAAAAGUCUAGUCACUUUUUUGUUUGAGUUUACGAGUUUUACUGUUCUCUUGGCUUUCCUGUUAAAGCAGGAAGGAGUGGGCUGUAAAUUGCAACUCAAAUGAUUUGAGGAAAAGAAUAAUUUCCUGAGUUCUGGAAUGAUCAGUGAAAAGAUUUUGGUUCUCAAAGUCCUUUGCAAACAGAAGGCAUCCACAUUUGUGGGGUGUUCUGUGUGUACUGCGUCCAGAAGGCAUAGAUAUCUCAUAAUUUCCACCCCCGAGAGAUUCUGUUGCUAGUCUCUGAAUUGCUUUGUGCCUCAGUUUCCCCAUCUGUAUCAGCAAGGUGCUUAUUCCUCAAACAGGUAAGGAUUGUAUAAGUGUGUGCAGGUUGCUACCAAGGAGUGGUGAGAGUUAGUGAUCUGGGUCACUGUUCUUACUAUUACAGUAUGCGUAACAUUUUUAUUUACUGUGAUGUGGGUUCUCCCCAGGAGUCAUGGCUGGGCCACUGAAUGCUGGCUUCUACUAGUCCCAUGAAAGCCAGGUUCAAAGCUCCUGAAAGAUUUCCCCCUGGACCAGAUCCUAGUGACAGAAGUCUAUCUUAGGAGAUUGCAGGGCUGAGAUGCUCCAGUGCAGGUCUGGAAUGUCAGGAACUCUCCACCUCAGACAUGGACUUUGCUCUCUCUUCCACCACCAGGAGAGGAGGCUUUUAGGUUCACCUUGAUUUCCAGGUUUCCCUCCUACCAGAAUCAUUUAUCCUUUUAGAUGUCAGGGAGAGCAGUGGCAUGUAGGCUGUGAGGAGUGUUUGGUGCUGCGCUCCUGCCUGCAGCCCUGGAGUCCUGGAAGUCCCAGUGCACAGCAGAUGGCCUUGCAGGGGUCUGGGGCUGCUAGUGACCAAGCCGAGAAGUGAAAGGCCCAAAAUCAAAGUUGUGAGGAUAGAAGAUUCCCCGUCCUGGGAACAGCGAGUUUCCAGUGCCCGCAGUCUGAUGCUAUCUCGCAUUCUUCACUUUCCCAAGAUUGUAAAUAAACCCAUUGUACGACCUGCAGCCCAGAAUUCAAAGCGAAGCCCAGAAGCAGCUGGGCCUUGGAGGUGUUUACUUAUGACCUUUUGUCUCACCACACCCCGGGGCUCUUGGGAGGAGCUGAGGUCUGAGCUGCCUUGCCAGGAUGCUGCCUCUGUCAGUGCGGGCUUCCUGCCUCCUUCCUGGGUCCCGUCACGGCCUCCUUGCUCAACCAUUGGGUGCCCAGGAUGGAAACUGCGUGGGGCUCCUCUUUCUAGUGCCGUAGUCGGAUACUGAAGCAGCGGCCCCGUUCUCGGGCUUUCUGAGCCGGUGUCGGAGGAAAGGGCAGCGCUCCAUGCCCCGCAAACCUGGGAAGGACAAGUGACAGGCAGGAUGCCCAAUCUGUUCCGCAAACGGCUGCCUCGAUUCCAAUUCCGAUUCCGAGCAGGAUCUGUCCAGGAUAAUCCAGAAGAGGCUGCAAAGGAACCAGAGAGGACCCAGGAGCGCUGUCUGUCCAGCUUUGCCGGAGGACAGCAUUUCUUUGAAUACCUCCUUGUGGUUUCCCUAAAAAAAAAGCGUUCGGGGGAGGAUUAUGAGCCUAUGAUCACCUACCAGUUUCCCAAGCGGGAGAACCUGCUUCGGGGCCAACAGGAGGAGGAGGAGCGGCUGCUCAGUGCCAUCCCCUUGUUUUGCUUCCCAGAUGGGAACGAGUGGGCACCACUUACUGAGUACCCCAGGGAGACCUUCUCCUUCGUCCUGACCAACGUGGACGGGAGCCGGAAGAUUGGAUACUGCAGGCGCCUCUUGCCCGCCGGCCCUGGCCCUCGGCUCCCCAUGGUGUACUGUAUCAUCAGCUGCGUCGGCUGCUUCGGCCUGUUCUCCAAGAUCCUGGAUGAGGUGGAGAAGAGGCACCAGAUCUCGGUGGCGGUCAUCUACCCGUUCAUGCAGGGCCUCCGAGAGGCGGCCUUCCCUGCCCCUGGGAAGACCGUGACCCUCAAGAGCUUCAUCCCUGACUCAGGCACCGAGUUCAUCUCCCUGACUCGGCCCCUGGACUCCCACCUAGAACACGUGGAUUUUAGUUCUCUGUUGCAAUGUCUCAGCUUUGAACAGAUUCUUCAGCUCUUUGCCUCCGCAGUGCUGGAGAGAAGAAUCAUCUUCCUGGCAGAAGGUCUCAGCACCCUGUCUCAGUGUAUCCACGCUGUCGCCGCGCUGCUUUACCCCUUCAGCUGGGCACACACCUACAUCCCUGUUGUCCCCAAGAGCCUUCUGGACACUGUCUGCUGCCCCACUCCCUUCAUGGUUGGAGUCCAAAUGCGCUUUCUGCAGGAGGUUAUGGAGAGCCCCAUGGAAGAGGUUCUGUUGGUGAAUCUUUGUGAAGGAACCUUCUUAAUGUCAGUUGGUGAUGAGAAAGACAUCCUACCACCCAAGCUUCAGGCUGACAUCUUGGACUCUCUUGGUCAGGGGAUCAGUGAGUUACAGACUCCGGAACAAACCAAUGAGCAUGUUUCAGGCCCUUUCGUGCAGUUCUUUGUCAAAACUGUGGGUCACUACGCCUCCUAUAUCAAGCGGGAGGCGAACGGGCGAGGCUGCUUCCAGGAACGGGCCUUCUGCAAGGCGCUGCCCUCCAAGGCCAAGCGCCGCUUCGUGAAGAAGUUUGUGAAGACGCAGCUCUUCUCCCUCUUCAUCCAGGAAGCUGAGAGGAGCAAGAACCCUCCUGCAGGCUAUUUCCAACAGAAAAUACUUGAAUAUGAGGAACAGAAGAAACAUAACAAAUCAAGGGAAAAGUCUGUGAAAUAA